AUGGCUGUCACUCCAUCGCCUGGCUGUUGUUGUUGUCCCCCCCCCCCCCCCGACCCCCCCUCUAAAUGGCGAAGGCUAGCCUGUUAGCUCGCUGACCCCCUUCUUCUCCGUCUCUGGCCAGCUAGCCAGCAACCCUCCGUCGAGGAAAUUGAGUGGUUGGGGGGGGGGGUAUCGUUCCGGCUUUAAGAAGCCGAUGUCGCCGACACGUAAGGAGACUACGUUCGGACGUUAGUAACCGCCUUGGUGUCGGACACGUAUUAAAACCACCAAAGACGCCGUUUUAGCCUCCCAUUCAGAGUAAAAUAUGAGCUGAAGGAGGGGUUGGAUGCUAUCGGGCUAGCUGGCUAAUGCUAACCGAUGUCACACUCUGGCCUGCAUGUAAAAAUAUAAUUACACUUGCUAAUUUUCCAAAUAACCGUAAUUUGUAUUUGAUUGUUGUUUUAAACUAAAUAUUAGAUUGACCAUUUACUAGUGGUGAGCACCUUUGCCUCGCAGUCAAAUGUUCCGAGUUUGAAUCUAGGCUGAGUUUUUACAUUCUCCCCUUGCUUGUAUGGCUUUUCCCCAGGCGCUAAUCCCGUAAUGGGGGACAUGAAGACCCCAGACUUUGAUGACCUGCUGGCAGCAUUUGACAUUCCGGACAUAGACGCCAAGGAGGCCAUCCAGUCUGCGCCGGAUGAGGCAGAGGGACCGCACGGGCCCGCCGGGGCGCCUCUGGGAAAGUCUGACACCGCAGUGGGGCCGUCCAGCCCCUCGGACCCACAGGGGGACACGUCCAUCGUGAGCGUGAUUGUGAAAAACAAAGUACGUGCGGAGACGGCGGCCGACGGCGAGGAUGGAGAUGGAGAGCCGGACGCUAUCGACGUGAUCGCCGGGGUGGAUGUGGGUCCUCGUCUUGGCGGGAUGGCGGAAUCGGAAGUUCUCAACCACAACGGUUUCGGGGUGUCCGGGGUCUCCGCCCCACUCUCCGUCAGCCAGUCCAACGGUGCCACGUGGCCCCUUAGUGCCCCUAAAUCGUCAGCGGAAACUUCAGGUGCAGCCAAGUCCACUAAGCAGGGAGGGAACAUUUUUAACAGACUGAAGCCUCUCCUAGGCCCUGGUUCUGGAGAUCCGGUUGGCCGGGCGAGGAAGAUGCAGCUCCUGCAGCAGCAGCAGCAGGAUGCCGCGCAGGAAAGAGCGCAAGGCCUCAAAGCGGCGUUACCCUCCGGAUCUUCUGCAGGACUCACCCCGACUUACUUCCCGCCCGCCAAGGCUCUUCCCGCCCCGCCCGCUACACUCUCGUCACACAUCAAGUCUUUUAACGGCGCCCCUAAAAUGGCGGACUAUCAGCACGAGCAGAUGGAGGAGGAAGAGGAGGAGGAUUCAGAUGCAGAUUUGGACAGUCCACUGGUCAUCCAGGAGAACCCAGACUCACCGGUUUCCACUCAGAUGAACAGUCGUUAUAAAGAUCUAACCCAGCCUACGUCGUCCACUCCGUCUCACCCCAAGCCAGGGUACACCCCCCAGGGGGCGUCUCUUACCCCACAGUCGGGCUCAGGUGGGAACGAGACCCCUCAGCCAGAAGAGAAGCACCCGGAGCACGUCAUCGAGGAGAGGGACUCACCAGAGAGUCCCGAACCGGAGGCGCCGAAGUCAACCACUCAACUGGUGUCUGCCAAGAGGUGUUCCAGCCCCGCUGUGGCCUCCACGCCGCCGUCAUCUGAGCUGAGGGAGCCAAAGGAGGAGGAGGAGGAGAUGGAGGUAGGAAACGGGAUCGACAAGAUGGCGGAUGGGAACGCCGACAAGCCGGAAAACACUUGCGAGGAGAAGCUGGAGGGGGACGAAGGCAAGCACAAAGUUGUCCCUGCCGAGGGCGCUGUGGUCGCUGUCCCGGCAGCUCCGGGGGCUCCCUCGCGGCCCCUUAAAGUGCGAAUAAAGACCAUCAAGACGUCCACGGGUGGCAUCACCAGAACGGUAACGAGGGUGGCCUCCAAGGGUGCCGCCGGGGGCAAAGGUCCCGACCCGAAAGGGGGAGGUGAGCGCAAGGCGCUGGCCAACAAAGCUCAAAAGACUGAUCAACAGCAGAAUGUGAGCACGCUGAAUGCCCUACCAGUGUCCACGCUCGCCGCCAGCAGUGUCAUGCUCGCCGCCGCCACUAAAGUACAAAACAAAAUGGCCGGCUCCGACAAGGCUAAGGUUUCCAUCACCGCCGUUAACAUCACAAAAUCCGCCGCCCUGCCCGCCACUCCUGCCGUGGCCUCGUCGCCCAAGUUCUCUGGGAUCAGCGUGCGGGCCGCCACGAAGGGGUCGCCCAACGGCGCGGGUGGCACCGCCCAGUCAAAUAAACCCGCCUCCAUCGUGAACAGCACGGGCGCCGUCAUCUCCCGUAGCCAGUCCAGCCUGGUGGAGGCUUUUAACAAGAUCCUCAACAGCAAGAACCUGUUGCCAAGCUAUAAGCCAGACCUGUCGGCACCACCACCCCCGGAAUGGGGACUCCCGCUGCCAGCCGCGGGCUACCGCUGCCUGGAAUGCGGCGACGCCUUCGCCCUGGAGCGUAGCCUGGCGCGCCACUACGACCGGCGCUCGCUGCGCAUCGAGGUGACGUGCAACCACUGCGCCAAGCGGCUGGCUUUCUUCAACAAGUGCAGUCUGCUGCUGCACGCCCGCGAGCACAAAGAGCGAGGCCUGGUCAUGCAGUGCUCGCACCUGGUCAUGAGGCCCGUCACCGUGGAGCAGAUGAUCGGGCAGCAGGACGUCACGCCCGUCGGUAGCAUGCUCUCCUCUUCGUCCCCCUCCACCGCCAGCUCCAGCCCAAUGAAGGAUGGAGCAGCGGCGCCCGCCGGAGGUCCGCCCCGACAGGUCCGCCGCGCCCCUCAGGGCCCGCAGGCGCUGAUGCCGCUGCCCUGCAAGAAGGCAGAGAACCUGCAGUACAACAACUACAAGUGUCCCGAGUGCCAGACGCAGUUCUCCAGCAAGACGGCGCUGGUCUCGCACUUCCAACAGAUCAGAGCCGCGCCCAAUUCGACAUGCUCUCAGUGCGCUCCGCCCAUGAUGCUGCCCAACACGUGCGCCGUUUCCGCCCACCAGAGGAUCCACAAGCACAAGGCACCCUACGUGUGCCCCGAGUGCGGGGGUGUAGCGCGGCAGGCCGGCUUCCAGACCCACCUGGAUGAGGCCUGCCUCCACUUUGCCAGGCGCAUCGGCUACAGGUGCUCGAGCUGCCAAGUGGUUUUCGGCGGGUUGAACUCCAUCAAGUCUCACAUCCAGACGGCCCACUGCGAGGUGUUCCACAAAUGCCCCAGUUGCCCCAUGGCGUUCAAGUCGGCCCCGAGCGCCCAGACGCACAUCGGCACGCAGCACCCUGCACUCACCGGCGGACAGGCCAAGAUGAUCUACAAGUGUGUCAUGUGCGACACAGUUUUUACCCAAAAGCCCUUGCUCUACAUGCACUUUGACACGCAUCUUGCCAAGCAAAAGGUGCACGUGUUCAAGUGUCCCGACUGCACUAAGCUGUAUGCGCAGAAAGGCUCCAUGAUGGAGCACAUCAAGACGGCGCACAGAGGCCCAGCAGCGAAACAGGGAGCCGCUUCCGACACCCCCGCUGCUGCCGUCCCCACGUCGGGCCCCAAGGCCAAGCCCUCCGCUAAGCCCGACAACUCCGACGGCGAGGACUGGGGGCGAGAUCAGGAGGAGGAAGAGGAAGACGAGGAGGAGGAGGAAGAGGACGACGACGGGGACGAGGACUAUGAGGGGCCAGGCUCGGGGGUGGUAGGGGCGACGCCCGGUGCCCCGACCGAGUGGACGUGCCCGCAGUGCCAGAGCACCUUCACCGACAAUGAAGACUAUCUCAGCCACGUCAAGAUGGAGCACGGCAAGUUCCCGUGUCGUAUCUGCGGGGGUAACUUCAGCACGUCGUCCAGCCUCAGACGCCACGAGAGAGUCAUUCAUGAGGGCAACAAGAGGGUCUUCCAUUGCCAGUAUUGCACAGAGGGUAAACGUACCUUUGGCAGCCGCUUCCUGCUGGACAAACACAUCCGACUCAAGCACAGAGGCACGGACGGACAGGCGGCCCCAAUGACCAGGAAGCGCGCUGCCACGGGCACAGAAGGUCCCGGCAGCUCUUCAGAGCAGGACGGCGAGGGCAGCGCUCCCGGCAGCAGGCCCGCGGCCGAUGAAGAGAAUGCCCCGGAGGACAGCGAGGAAGUGGGUGCCGGCCCCGCCAAAAGAACCCGGGCCUCGGCUGAGCCGGAGGAGGAGAGCGGCAGCGUGUUCCGCUGCGUGCCGUGCGGCUUCUCCACAGAAGACGGCGCAGAGUUCCAGCGCCACAUCCCGCAGCACCGCGCCGACACCGCCUCCUUCCAGUGCGUGCAGUGCGGCGUGUGCUUCGCUUCGGCCGGCUCGCUCGGCCGACACCGCUUCAUCACUCACCGCGUGCGGGACGCCCAGGGCGACGCAGACCGCGGCGCGGGACGAGCUUCCCCGGACGGCUCGCCCCACGCCGGUGCGGCCUCGCCUCAAGCGCUGGGUGAGGAUGCCGACGGCAACCUUAUCUGCAGGGUGUGCGGGCGGCGCUUCGAUAAGGCAUCGGACCUCAAUACCCACUUCCGGACCCAUGGCAUGGCGUUCCUCACUGCGCACAAGACGGACAAGCCCCAGUAGGACACAACCGACCCGAGCUACAACAGGGGUUCUCAAACGUUUUGGGUCCUGGGGAGAAAUUUUAACAAAGGACCCCGUCAUAAUCCUCAUGCCAAUUAACAUAAUCAACAUGUGCACAACCUACAUGACAUUGAAAUUAACUGUUGGGUGCCAAACGUUUCAACCUAAAUAUUCUGUUCAAGAGAAAGGAAUUUAACCAAAUUAAAUUCAAUAUGCAUCUUUGAGUACAGUGAAAUCCCUGCUGCGAAGAGCGGAAAUCUGCAAGUAAUUGACCCCCCCCCCCCGUCAAAAGGUUCAGAAUUGCCUGUAGAUGCCAUAAGAUGGCAGCAAAGCACUACAUUUCUAUUAGACAGGGCAGUGGCCUGUCAAAAUUAACACAUUCACUGCCAUUGACGGCUUUAAAAGUCAAAUAUCCUUGUUAACAUCAACAUUGUUCCUCAGCAUCAGGAGGCUACAAGAUGGUGCCAAAGCACAAGUUUAUUCUAUUAUUAAUAAUAAACCCCCGAUAUUCGGAGUAUAGGGACUAAGCCUAGCCACGAAGAGAAAAAAAUACAAGUUUACGGCCACAUCCAAGACCUAUUAUGAUGUCAACUGUAAAUACCCCGAAAACUACAAUCCCCAAACACUUAAAUAUUUAUAAUUCAUUUAACAAACAUUACCCUUAAAAAUAAUUGAUUUACAGAUUUAACUUUCAUGUUCAGAUUCAGCAAAGACAGCGAAGCUUCUACUAACCUUAGCUCUUCCCCAACAAACAAGGAUGUUAUCUCUCAGUCGAGAUGUAUGACUUCACUUUCUUUACAUUUUACAUAGUUACUACUUUCCUAUUAGCCAGAGUUUUGGCACCAUCUUAAAGAGUGUUAUAGAAAGAGCACAAAAAAAUGUGAAUAGGUAAGUACAUCACAACCGUAUCACAGCUUUUAAUUUGCCCAAAGCCAAGGAGGAGUAAUUAGCUUAGUAUGUUUGUCUAAUUGACUCCCCAUUUGUAAAAAUGUACUUAAAAAAAAAAAAAAACUUCAUUGUGAAUUAUUUUACAGACCCCAGUUUGAGAACCACUGCUCUAGAAUGUUUUAGCCAUCCUACAUCUUGUUGAUGCAUGACUGGACAUCCUCCCCUUUUGAGUGAAAUAUUUUCUGCUGCACGGCCGCCAUUUUACUGACCUCCCUGGAACUCUGAUUUGUACUCGUAAUAUUUAUUAUUUAUAUCAAACACUGCUGCAAGCUGGCCAGGAUGGUUAGUGACUGUGUUCCUUAAGAAGGUAGAAGAGGAGGAAGGGGGUAGUACGUGUUUUUUUGUCAUGUAAAUACAUGAUUACACUACAAGAAAAAAAAAAAAAAAAAACUUGCUAUGAUAAUGUGAAUACGUGUAGUAUUUGUACUUGUACCGUUCCUUUUUAUUCCAAGUAUCAAACAAGCGCCCCACUAGGAGGAAGUCAAUGUGUAUCAAUAAUUACGUUUCUUUUAUAACGUUUGGGAAAAAAACAAAAACAAACAAAAAAAACAUUUGUCUUGUUUGUAUCUUUUUAUAUAUGUGUCAUAUCAUAUUUAUAUAGAUGGAUGAUAAUAGUGGAACGUUCAUGUUUUUUU